GGACAAGUACUCUAUCCACAAGGACUGGCCAAGCUCCAAAAGAAAUACAGGGGCAGGCUAAUGCCUUUUAAUGGCUAUCAUCGCCUCUUAUCUCUAACCUGACCAAAUUUUGAUCGUUCGAUUUCCCCAAUGGCGCCCUCUGCCUCUCCUCUUCUUCUCCCCCUCAUUUCCCUCUUCAGCCUCAUCUUCACCGCCGCCGUUUCUCAGUCAACAAUCCAGCUCCCCACCGCCGCCUCCCACCACCAGGACGGUGCCGUAGCUUACGACGACAAGGUCUUCUGCGACAGCUGGAGGCUGUCGGUAGAAACGAACAAUGCCGGCGAUCUGGCUUCCAACAAACCCCUGAGGUGCCGCCAGUACGUGGAAGACUACAUGACCGGAAUCGGCAUCCAGGCCGAUUCCGACAUGCUGGCUUACGCCGCGCUCGCUUACGCCAAGACCGUGGACAUCGCCGGCGACGGGAAGGACGCCUGGGUUUUCGACCUCGACGAGACCCUCCUCACCAAUUUGCCUUACUUCCGAGACUACGAGUUCGGCUACAAGACGGUGAACUUAACUGUGUACUUUGAUUGGGUGGAAAUGGCGGUGGCCCCUGCUUUCCCGGCGAGCCUGAAGCUCUACAACGAGCUUAAGGAACUGGGUUUUGCGUUGAUCAUAAUAAGCGGGAGAGGGGAGGGUCAGAGGAGCGCCACCGAGAGGAACCUUGUCAAUGCAGGAUUCACCGGCUGGGAUCGCCUGCUUUUCGGGGAAAAAGCAGACACAGGGUUGCAGAUGAGAGAGCUCAAGUCGAAGAAGAGGUUGCAGCUUGUGAAGGAAGGAUACAGGCUACAUGCCAACUAUUCGCACCAGUGGUGCAGCUUGGUGGGAGAGGCCAUGGCGACCAAGUCUUUCAAGUUCCCCAAUCCAAUGUACUACGUCCCCUAGGCCUAGCGUUUCCAGUCAUUGAUGUCUGAAGAGUGUACUUUCUAAGGGCAACUCUCGCCCUCCCUUUUCUUCUGAAUAAGUUGGUACAACCGGUGUCGAUUGUGAAGCCAUAGUAGAGCUCAAACAGAAAAGGCUAAUGAUACCAGUUACCAGAUAUGUAACGUUCAUGAAAACAGCACAAUAAGUCAUACCAGCUAGUGAUCAAUGGUAGCCAAAAACAAAACAGAACAUUAUGUUCAAGUACAAAACAGAACAUUAUGUUCAAGUACCUUGGUCUGAUGAAAAACAACAGAAUUUCAAGUUGCAGCAGCUCAACCAUGCUACAGGUUUCCGAAUCAAAGACAAAAGAAAAGCAGAAGCAAGCAUAUUGCAACCUACAUCACAUACCAAAUCCGCUAAUACGCUGCAGGACAACUCGGUGACCGUUUUAGAAGAAGAAAUAAAACGAACAUGAAUAACAACUCUCCAUCCAGGCUGAAGAAUCAUGGGCUAGGGGACCUAUCGCCUCCAUUGAGCUCCCUGUCCCUGGGGUAAUCAUCUGCAGGGCUCCUGCUCCUUUUAGGUGGCGGUGGUGGGCUGCGGCUUCUGCUGGGACUCCUGCUCCUCCUAACCCCAUUUCCCUCCUCACUUGGUGCCCUCCUUGGAGGUGGUGUCUGGCUGCGGCUCCUUGAUCGAGGCGAGAAUGACUUCUCUUUGCUAUACCUCCUCUCUUGCGGUGACACCGAU